GUCGUGCGCCUCAUUAUACAUAUAGUUCUCAUUCUCAUGUGAACUUUUUAAAUCUCUUUCUUCCCCUUUUCUCUCGUCUCCCUUGUGGUCUUUGCACUUUCGUCACGUGCACUUCAUUCCCAAGUACCUACUAGGUAUUGACUUUGCAUCGAACGGACGCAAGAGAGGCCACUCUAAUAUAUAUGGUCAUUCCACUAAAAGGCUUCUCUACAAUGGACCCCCCGCUUUCCACCGACCCCUCCGCUUUCCCUUCCCUUCAAUCAUCGUUGCACUUCCGGCCUCACUACCCCUCCCUCUCAGACUUCAUGCCACCACCAAUGAUGACGCCCUUCAUAGAUCCUCCGCCAGGAUCGCCGCCCCCCGCAACAACGACAGUCCAGUAUCCCCACCCUCAUCGCUCCGACAUGACAGGGCCACCAAUGUCCUGGAUAACGAGCUUCAUCCCACAUCCACCUCACCAUCCGCAUAACGCCACCAUCACCAGCACUGUAACAUCCGUCGUCGAUACUAGCAACACAGCAGUACCGGUUGUUCCCCUGACGACUGUUGAGGCGGACAAGAAUAGCGGAAUCUCGCACAGCGCGAGAAUUGGCAUCGUGUUGGGCAUUACCGUGACCGCUAUCCUCACCCUCCUCGCCAUUGGUAUGGGAAUACUAGACUGUAGGCGUCGGCUUCGACAGCGCCGGGAAAAGCGACAGAGCAUGGACUCGGAGCUCAAUAUGUGGCAAGCCGAGCUGAGGAGUGGCAUGGCAGGGAGUCGGGGGAAUAAAGCCGGAGGAUUGUGGGAGGGAUUGAAGGUUACGGAGGAGAAUAGUGGUAGCAAUGGGCGUGAGAAGAAGGAAGUUUAUGCACCGGGGAGUGAGAGGGAAUCGGAGUGCUUGCCGGCGUAUAUGCCGAGGGAGAGGGCGAGUGUUGCUCGAUUUGACACCCAAGCGCUCUAA